AUUGUAGCGUGCGAAUACGGUACAGCUAUAGUAGUCCAACUUAAAAAGCCCAACCCUAUACAAUAUACCCACACAAUAUCGACCAUAAGACUCAUACUAUACAUAUAUAUCCGUCACACACUCUGUUUCGCCUACUUCAGCUACUCCAUUCACUUGUCUUUGUUCGAUCUCUGUGUGCUGAAGGACAGUUUGCUCAAAUCCUGCAUUUCUCUAGACUUCCAGCGAUACUUUUCUCCACUGCCUACAUGGACCAGUAUGAAAAAGUUGAAAAGAUUGGCGAAGGGACAUAUGGUGUAGUAUAUAAGGCUCGUGAUCGAGUAACUAAUGAAACUAUUGCACUGAAGAAGAUUCGGCUGGAACAAGAAGAUGAGGGAGUUCCUAGCACAGCUAUCAGAGAAAUAUCCCUUUUAAAAGAGAUGCAACAUGGAAACAUUGUCAGGUUGCAAGAUGUGGUCCACAAUGAGAAACGGUUAUAUCUGGUAUUUGAAUACCUUGAUUUGGAUUUGAAGAAGCACAUGGAUUCUUGCCCAGAAUUCUCUAAGAACCCACGUAUGAUAAAAACAUUUUUGUAUCAAAUACUCCGUGGAAUUGCUUAUUGUCAUUCACAUAGAGUCCUUCAUCGAGAUCUAAAGCCUCAAAAUUUGUUGAUUGAUCAGCGCACAAAUUCAUUGAAGCUUGCUGACUUUGGUUUGGCGAGGGCAUUUGGUAUUCCUGUUAGGACUUUUACUCAUGAAGUCGUAACAUUAUGGUAUAGGGCACCGGAGAUACUGCUCGGCUCCCAGCAUUAUUCUACUCCUGUGGAUGUGUGGUCAGUUGGCUGCAUAUUUGCUGAGAUGGUCAAUCAACGACCAAUUUUCCCUGGUGACUCAGAGAUCGAUGAACUCUUCAAGAUUUUCAGAGUAAUGGGCACUCCUUAUGAGGACACAUGGCCUGGGGUUGCAUCUUUGCCUGACUACAAAAGUUCAUUCCCCAAAUGGCCCCCUAAGGAUCUAGCAACUGUCGUACCAACACUUGAUGCAUCUGGCAUUGAUCUCCUGGGUAAAAUGCUCAGCCUGGACCCCAGCAAAAGAAUCACGGCACGGAAUGCCCUUGAACACGGCUACUUCAAGGAUAUCGGUUUUGUCCCUUGAAAUGGUUCUCUUCACUUUAAUAACUACGUGCAUGUGUAAAGUGGAACGUUGUAUGCAUUAAUUUUGUUUAAGCUCAUUAAAUUAAGGAUUGCCCUGUUGGAGUUUGUGUUUCCCUGUAAUUUUAAAUGUAUCUUCAAUCUUGUGGUGUAAGAAUAUUCUUGUUCAAGAGAGACUGGACUCUUUAGCAUUUUAUGUUAUGCCUCUGCUGGUGAAACCUACUAUAUACUCCUUCACGUUCUUAUGAUGUUUUUACUAAGAACUUUUUUUGACUA